CAUAGGUUAACUACCAACAUAGGGAUAUAUUGGCGUAUACUUGAUGCACAUAUGUAUUUUAUAAUUAAUAUUAUUUUACUUUUAAAAUGUGGUUCAAGAAACAAUUUAGUCGAUUUCUUAAAUAUCCUCAGUUUUAUACAAAGACUUUGUAUAGGACACAGUCAACACAAUAUAAUGUAGACACAAUAACAUAUAUUCCAGAACCCGAAUAUAAUAUUGAUUUUUUAUGUAAUUCAUGUAAUCGAGAUAUUAUUUUUAAUAAUAUAGCAGCAAGGAAAAGUAUUGGAGAUAUUGAUAAAAUUCUUGAACUUUCAAAAAAUCCAGAGUUAAAGAAGGCUCUUUUGCAUGAGUUAAAUAAAAUACCAAAUCAAACAGAUCCAAGAGUAUUAUCUUAUGGCGAAGAACCACAAAUUUUAAAAGAAUGCGGGCAUAAUCCAGAAUUUGAUUUUGAACCACAAGAAUUUUCAACAUUAGUUACAAAUUUAAAGGCAUUAAAAAGUAAACAAUUGGGGCCCUUAAUAGGAACACGAGGUUACUUGUUCUUAGGAGAUCUAGCAGAAUUAGAAGAAGCAUUAAUUCAUUUUACAGUCAGAAAGUUAAUGAAACAUGGCUUUAAACUUGUUUCUGUACCUGAUAUUAUCCCUACUGAAGUUAUAGAAAGAUGUGGAUUGAUAAUAGAUAAUGGAAGACACCUUGUAUAUAAUUUAAGUCCUUUUUAUGGAGGGAACUAUAGUUUAUCUGGAACAGCAGAAAUGUCCUUAGCUUAUAAAGUAAUGAAUACUAUAUUUAGUUCAGAAGAUUUACCACUAAAAAUGGCUGCUGUAAGCAGGUGUUUUAGGGCUGAAAUAUCUAAUCUUAUACAUGAGAGAAGUAUAUACAGGGUUCAUCAAUUUACAAAAGUUGAAAUGUUUGUAUGUUCAAAACAUGAAGAGUCAGAAAAUCAGUUUCAAGAACUUCUGAAUAUUCAAGAAGAUUUAUUUUCUUCAUUAAAUUUAUAUUUUCGAAUAAUUGAUAUGCCAGCUCAUGAUUUAGGGUCUCCAGCAUAUAGGAAAGUAGAUAUGGAAGGAUGGAUGCCUGGAAGAAAAUUAUAUGGAGAAUUAUCUAGUUGUAGUAAUUGUACAGAUUAUCAGUCACGACGACUUGGUAUAAAAUAUAAGACAAAUAAGGGAGAAGUUUUACAUGUUCAUACUUUGAAUGGAACUGCAUGUGCUGUACCUCGCAUGUUGAUAGCACUUUGUGAAACACAUCAAACAAAACAUAUGCGUAUUCAAAUCCCUGAAAUUUUAAUACCUUAUAUGGCAGGAAAGACACUUAUUAAAAAACAACCAAUUGCUAACAUGAAACUCCAUAAAUACAAAUCACAAAUCUAACAUGUAACUGUAACUGUACAUGUAACAUUUAAUCUUCUCUGAAAACAGUUAAAAACAAGUAAUAAUUACAUCUUUAUUGUUUUUGCCAUUCAUGAAUGUAAAAGUAUAUAUAUGUAGGAAUAUUUACUUGCAAUUUACAUUAAAAUAAAUUAUCUAUUUAUCAAUGUA